UGUGUGUGUGUAUGUGAUUGUGUGUGCGCGCGGGGAUCUGAGGGAGGGGGCGCAGACACGCUCCCUCGAAAUACACUUAACAAGUUACUGUUGCGCAAGUUUCGUGGGGGAACUUUUGAGAUGGAGCGAAGCGUGAAAGUGUGACUGGAUGAGACUGAAUCAAAAUCAGCCCAAAGGUACCAGAUGAGUGUUUACUAGAAAACGUGGGGCUCCGUGUUGGAGUGCUGCACCGAUGAUUUGAACACAGUUUGUAGGUUUCCUCCCUUCUGCAAACCUCCUGAGUUUAUCCGUCCUGAGCUGGGGAAUAAUAAACAUGACUGUGGCCAAUGAGAAGUCUGGCUCAGCAAUGCAGCAGGUGUUGGACAACCUGAAAGACCUCCCAACAGGCACAGGAGCCAAAGAUAUUGAUCUCAUCUUCCUCAGAGGCAUCAUGGAGAGCCCCAUUGUCCGUUCCCUUGCUAAGGCCCAUGAGCGUCUUGAAGAAGUUGAAUUACAAGCCGUGCGGGACGAUAACGUUCAGCUGGUCACAGAGAUCCUGGAUUCCCUUAACGAACUGCCAGGAAAAGAUCCUGCCGCUACAGAGCUCGUCAAUAUCUUGCAGGAGCCUCACUUUCAGUCUUUGAUCGAGGCUCAUGACAAAGUGGCUGCAAAGUGCUAUGAAAUGCCUCACGCUGCAGUGAACAGCCAUGUCUCGAUGACCAGUUCCCUCAUGCCAGCGGAUGCUGUCAGGAUGAUUGGCAUCCAGAAGAAAGCUGGGGAACCACUGGGGGUGACGUUCCGUGUGGAGCGGGGUGAGAUGGUGAUCGCGCGGAUCCUGCACGGCAGCUCGAUUGACAGGCAGGGCAUGCUGCACACUGGGGACAUUAUCCGCGAGGUGAGCGGUCGUGAGGUCGGCAGCAACCCCAGUGAACUCCAAGAGCUGCUGAAGGACAUCAGUGGGAGCAUCACGCUCAAGGUCCUGCCCAGCUACAGAGACACACCGGCACCCCCACAGGUUUAUCUAAAGCCGCAUUUCAACUACAACCCGACCACAGACAACUUGAUCCCCUGUAAAGAAGCGGGUUUGGCCUUCUCCAAGGGAGACAUUCUUCACGUAGUCAACAAGGAGGACCCCAACUGGUGGCAGGCACGCAAAGUGUUCGGUGAAGCCACUGGUCUCAUCCCCAGUCAGUUCUUGGAGGAGAAGAGGAAAGCUUUCGUCAGACGAGACUGGGACACUUCGGAUUCUGGGAUGCUCUGCGGAACACGAACUGCAAAGAAAAAAAAGAAAAAAAUGAUGUACCUGACUUCUAAGAAUGCUGAGUUUGACCGUUAUGAGCUGCAGAUCUAUGAGGAGGUCGCAAAAAUGCCACCGUUCCAGAGAAAGACACUUAUUCUGAUAGGAGCUCAGGGAGUUGGCAGGCGGAGCCUGAAGAACAGGCUCAUUGCUGUGAAUCCUCUGAGAUACGGCACCACGGUUCCAUUCACGUCACGACGAGCCAGAGAAGAAGAGAAAGACAAUCAGAACUACUGCUUUGUUACACGGGAAGAGAUGGAGAAGGACAUCAAGGGAAGCCGCUACCUGGAGCAUGGCGAGUAUGAUGCCAACCUUUAUGGCACCAAAAUUGACUCGAUCCACGAAGUGGUGGAUAUGGGUCGUACCUGCAUCCUAGACGUCAACCCUCAGGCCUUGAAAAUGUUAAAGACUGCUGAGUUUAUGCCAUUUGUGGUGUUUAUUGCUGCUCCUGAGCUGGACACACUAAGAGCUAUGCACACAGCUGUGGUAGAUGCUGGACUUACUACCAAACUACUCACGGAGAACGAUUUGAAGAAGACAGUAGAUGAGAGUGCCAGGAUACGCCGGGCCUAUAGUCACUACUUCGACCUGACUAUUGUUAAUGACAAUCUGGACAAGGCCUUUGACAAGCUGCAGGAAGCUGUAGAGCGAUUAUUCGUAGAGCCUCAGUGGGUUCCAGUCAGCUGGGUCUACUGAUGUAAUACCCCCCCCCCCCCCCCCUGCUGGACGGACACGGCUGUGGGAGCUGCUAAGCCUGGGACAAACAAGGACACAACCCUGUUCUGCUCACACACAGACUAAGUGUUGGACAUCAGUCCUGUGUUCAUUUGGGUUUGCACAAAGGUGCAUCAGUGUCACCUGAUCUGAAAUGCAAGAUUCCUUAAUAGCACACUAUGCAACUUAUUGGCAAAAUAUGUUUUUAAAGGAUCGUUCUCUUCAAAUGGAUUGGAAGAAAUACUGGCCAAUGUGUCAGGGUGUUUUAAAAUAAUAACAAAGGCAGUGUUUGCUAAACCCUGUUAUUUUCAAUUUACAUCAGUAUGUAAGAUGGAUGAAGUGUAUUUAUUUUUCAGAUCAGGAGGGUUUGCUCAUUGAAAAGGAUGAUACCUCAGUGUUACAGUUUACAGUGUGUAUGCCUCCAGUACUUCAUCUCAGGUCGUCCUUCAUGUAGAAUAGAGUCGUAUGUUUCUGAGAGCUGUUUCCUUGUGAAGGCUCCAUUUCUUCUCCUGUGUCUCAUUAAUGGCAAAUGUCAUGGCGAUCACUGUUUGAUGUUGUACAGGAAGAAAACGUUUUACUGCCGUGUUUACCCACUUCUCUCUUUCACUCAAGCACAACAGAAGUGGAUAAUAUUGACGGUCAUACAUCUGGAUCAUGUGCGUGACUGUUUGACCAGUGAAUACGGUGCUGUGUUUGUCUGGAAGAAAGACUUUCCACAGGACUCUUGAGCAGGGUACUGCAUUUCAGUGAACCAUCCCUUUUGAUGUGAUAUUACUAAAAAACUUAACAGUUUUUAUAAAAGUUCAUAUUUACUUAUAAAGGUUAUAUUUUACAAGACUUCAGAAAAGAUGUAUUUUCAGAUGUGAAAUAAAUGUGUUUUAUAACGA